UGUGCGCACUGAGAACCUGUCUUACCUGUUGCUCACGUCCCUCCUUCUUUUACCUCUACCUUUCUCUCUCCCUCUCUCUCUCUCUCUCUCUCUCUCUCUCUCUCUCUCUUUGUGUAUCUCUUUCUCUAUUUCGCUGUUCUCCUGGCUCACUCCUCCUUCUUCUACUCUUCCUUCAGUUCGCCAGCCAAAAACUGUCCCGCUCUUUCGGAUUUUGGGGCUUGUCAUGACUAGUAGGGGAUAGUGUGUCUGUGUUAAUGUUUGACUAGAGGGAAGGGAGGAGGGCAGGCAGACGCAGGAGCCAUUGGAGUGUGCUGAGUGUGGUGUGUCAGUGUGUGUGUGUGUGCGUGUCUGUGUGUGUGGCACCCUGUGUUUUGCAACACCAAGAGCAAGCACAAUCUUCUGCCUCUUCUGCUUUUAGUAAUGCGGCUUUCGCUCCACGCUUGAAGGAAACUUCUGCAUUUGCAAAAGCAUUCGCUGAGGGGAGAACGCGGCAUAAGACAGAGAUGGAGGUCCUGGUGCUGAUCGAUUUUGAGGCAUCGAUGGGUGACGAGAUAACGGUGCGAGCAGGUGACGUUGUGAAGAACGUCUCAAACGCCCGUGAGGAGGGCUGGCUGGAAGGGGACCUGGGGGGAAAGAGAGGCAUUUUCCCAGCCAACUUUGUCAAGCAAGUGCCAACGUACUUAAUGGGAGACCACAGUAGGGAGCCCAGAAGCAUCAGGAAAUCGAAAACGGUGAAGACACCAACCAGAAGAUGUGAGGUGACGUUUGCAUAUGCCCCCAUGCACGAAGAUGAGAUGGAGCUUAAUGUCGGGGAAACCGUCGAAAUACUCAGAGAGAUUGAGGAUGGCUGGUGGAUGGGGAAGAAAAAUGGAAAGGUUGGGGCGUUCCCAUCAAACUUUGUCAAAGAGAUUUUUGGUCCCUCAAAAGAUGCCAAGAUGGCGGAUGGGAAACUCCGGCCCAAACUCUCCAAUGCCGCCUUCAACAACAAAGAGCAGCAGAGGACGAGUGUGCGCAGAAAAUCAUUCAGAGAAAAAGAACGAGCCCAGGUCAUGUUUGACUAUGCAGGCAUUGCGGAAGAUGAGUUGGACCUGAAGAAAGGAGACAUUGUCACCAUCAUCUCAAAGGAUACCGAAGAUGAGGGCUGGUGGGAGGGGGAGCUGAAUGGUCGCCGGGGACAUUUCCCCGACAACUUCGUCAUGGUGAUUCCUGCGGACGUCCAACAAGCUGGUAACACAAGCAAGCCGCCGACCCGGCUGCCUGGCUCAGUCAAACCAGCAAUGGACAAGCCCACACACGAAUCCUCACCAAAGACAGAGCCGAAAGACGAGAGGCACGACAGCAAGGACAUGAGGAGCGACCCUCCCACAAAAAUCAAGCUUCCCGGAAUCGCCGGCCUACCGGGACGCAGAGCACCCCCGCCACCGGUGAAGGAGAAACCCCCGCCAUUGGUCAAGGAGAAACCACACUUCACACCCAAGAUCAAUGGUGAGCAGUCUAGUGGUGCUCCGCAUGGCUCGGAGCAGGAGAGGGACGGGGAGACGACGGAGUUUGACGUCGUGGACGUGGCUUCGGAAAAGCUGAGCCACCCGACGGCCAACAGAGCCAAGCCUCCCGGGAGGAGACCGCCCUCCACACUGGCUUUACAUGCUGCAGCUGGAGCAGACCAGGAGGAAAGUGAAGAGUCACAGGAGACAGAGAAGAAGGCUCCCCCAUCACCCCCACCUAAGACGUGUAGUUGGGCUGCAAAGCGCCAUAAACAUGUUACAGAGAACCGUUUACCAUCGCCCGCAAAGACGGAACAUCCACCCAAGCGGUCGGUGUCACCUCCCCACCCACACCCACACCCACUGGUGCUUCCAAAAGUCCUGCCAGACUUGAAGCCAUUCCACCCUCAGGAGAAGAGCCUUCCAGACCUAAAGCCAGCAGCUGCAGCCCACGAGAGGAGCCCAGUGGUCCAGGAGAAGAGCCUGCCAGGCCAGGAUAAGGGCCUGCCUUCUCUGGAGGACUUGCAGGCCGACGUGCGUGACCUCAGGAUGACCCUGGACCUACUCCGGACCCGUCACGAACAUGACCUGAAAGAGCUGAGAGACGAGCUAGCUGAGGAGAAGAACAGACGCCUAAAACUAGAGGAAGAGGUACAGGCUUUGAAGGGUCGCCACUAGCCGGGCCAGCGAGGAACUGGACACUCAGACACACUGGACAGAAGUCAAGAGUACACAUGUGCACACACACACACGCACACGCACACGCACACGCACACACACACACACACACACACACACACACACACACACACACACACACACACACACACACACACACACACACACACACACACACACACACGCACACGCACACGCACACACACAUGCACCAACCCUACUUUCCUCCUGAGAAACAAACACUCUGUCACAACCAGGUGUUCCAGGGUCUUUACUCCACAAAAGACUGCAAGUGGAACAGUGUUGCACCAUACAGAUCAAAUGUAGGCAUGGAACAGCACACGGGGUCGUGUCCAUGUUACAGUAUGUUAGGAGGGGGUUUGCUGUGUAAAGUCUACUGCUGAUUUUUUUCCCCCCUAAGCGCUCGGUGGGAAUGUGUUAAACUUUUCGAUCUCGGGGUCUAUUGUCUCUCCUGUGAAUGAGUCUAUUGUUGCACUGGAUACACUUCUAAUGAGGACUGGUAGAUCAAAUAUUUUUAUAACCUUUUCACAAAAGACUGAAAGCUCAGUGCAGAGUUGACGGCGCAGAUGCAAUACGGUGGUCAGGUGACGUGAUUGUUGUUUUGUUUUAUUAAAUCCCGGAUCCUUCCGUUCAUGGCUUGAGGUCAUGCGAUCUGAUACUGGAGGAUUAUGUUGUUUAAAUACGUCUCUCUUUGCUUCGGUUGUUUUUGUUUAUGUUAAUGUUCUGUAUGAAAUGUAUUAAAGAGGAUUUGUACAUUUGAGAAAAGAGUUUUUUGUUUGGCUUUGUUUUAUGAAACAUGCUGAUUUGAAUAUUACUGUGAAAUAUACACUGAUAAUUAUUAGUUGACUAUUUCAACAUCUGACUGAAUUAACAUCUGAAACAAAGACAGCAUUCACUGUAUGCUCUGCUCAUUAUUCUCAGCCUUUUUUUAAAUGUAGGGUUUUUUUGGCUAUUAUUAUGAUACGAAAUUGUGAGAAGAGACAGGAAAUGAGCAGGAAAGAGAGAAGGGUUAGGGUUGGGAAAUUAUCCAGGCCGGACUUGAACUUGGGUCCCCAUGGGCAUGCAAGCCCAUAUAUGGGGUAUUAGCUACCCCAGUCAGUCAUGACAUAAGUCAGGUUUGAUGUAGCCAGGCCGUGCCCUCCUAGUGACGCAACAGCUUCAGCGUUGCUACCAGUCAGGUCAAGAGUCAAUGCAAGCACUUUCUGAGUUCCCGCAAAUACGGGAACUCCUCCCUCUAUGUUGGGAAACAAACAAUCAUUAGCAAACCAAGGGAGGCCAUUUGAGAAAUGUGAAUUGUUAUGCUCUUGGUCAGACCAAGUCUCGAAGAGAUUUGAAAGUCAAUGAUAAUCAGGCUAGGUUUGAUGCCUUGCCCUCAGAAAACAUACUGUGCAAGUCAAACUAAUUCCUGUCCUUUCCUGGUCCUCCUGUCCUGUUGCCUCUUGCCCCGGUGUUGCCCCGGCUCUGUGGACAAAACAGCAAAGUUUCCCUGCACAGAAAGUCCUGUGCAGUACUGCUUUGGAGCAGCAGAGGGUGCUGGCUCCCCAUGGAUAGAUAGAGACAUGCUUCCAGGGACCAACGUGAAGUGUUGAAGAACCACAAAAAAGAGAAUGCGUAGAGGACAUGCUGUGUUGAGAAGUAUACUGAGACUAUUGGUUAACAUACACAUUCCCCCUGAAAUCCACGGUUAAGCCAUAUAUUCAAACAUUUAAAUCUUCACUUGGCAAAUGAUUUUACUUGUGAUUUCACUUGAGCAGUUACGUAAGUAAGGGCAAUAAACCAAUUAAUCUAUGGGAUAACGGCUUCCCACAGGAGCAGCCAACACAGUAAACCAUUCCCAAAACACAAUCCAUAACUCAGCUGAUGAUAGAACACAUUGCAAAGACUAAGAAUAACAUUCCAGCCUUUGCUUUUAAAUGUCCCUCACCAAAUUGACCGCGUCGUGUUUUGACCAAUGAUUCACUCGACACUGGUUUGGGGAAAAAAAAAAUGUCGCAUGUUAUGUCAUCCCUACAACAGUAAUGGCAGAAAUGUAAAUAUUUGGCAUGUUUCUAUCUGGGCGCUGGUGACACGUUUCUGGCUCA